GGGGCCAAAUCACACACAUCAGCAGCCAUAGCAGCAGCAGCAGCACCUAGUAGAGCUCCUCCUCUCGUGGAGGGAAGUAGGAAAGAGAGACUCCGGUCUCUUGAGCCCUAGCUAGCUGGCCGUCGCGUCGUCUAGCUAGAUCUCGCUCCUCUUCCCUUUCCUCUCGAUCUCUCUCUCCGUCAUCGUCGUCAGCAAUGGCUGGAGGGUUCCUCCACAUGGCUCACCCGGCGAUCACCCUCUCCGGCGUCGCAGGGAACAUCAUCUCCUUCAUGGUGUUCCUCGCACCAGUCACGACGUUCCUGCAGGUGUACCGCAAGAAGUCGACGGGCGGGUUCAGCUCGGUGCCGUACGUGGUGGCGCUCUUCAGCUCGGUGCUGUGGAUCUUCUACGCGCUGGUCAAGACCAACUCGAGGCCGCUGCUGACCAUCAACGCCUUCGGCUGCGGCGUGGAGGCCGCCUACAUCGUCUUCUACCUCGUGUACGCGCCGCGGCGGGCGAGGCUCAGGACCCUGGCCUACUUCUUCCUGCUCGACGUGGCCGCGUUCGCGCUCAUCGUCGCCGUCACCCUCUGCGGCGUCCCCGGGCACCUCCGGGUCAAGUUCCUCGGCAGCGUCUGCCUCGCCUUCUCCAUGGCCGUCUUCGUCGCGCCGCUCAGCAUCAUCGUCAAGGUGGUCAAGACCAAGAGCGUCGAGUUCCUGCCCAUCAGCCUCUCCUUCUGCCUCACCCUCAGCGCCGUCGCCUGGUUCUGCUACGGCCUCUUCACCAAGGACCCCUUCGUCAUGUACCCGAACGUGGGCGGCUUCUUCUUCAGCUGCGUGCAGAUGGGCCUCUACUUCUGGUACCGCAAGCCCCGGGCCACCAACGCCGUGCUGCCGACGACCAGCGACGGCGCGGCGCCGCCGCCGCCGCCCGUGCAGGUGCAGGGGCAGGUGAUCGAGCUGCCGGCCAACACCAUCGCCAUCCUGUCCGUGAGCCCCAUCCCCAUCGUCGGCGUGCACAGGAUCGAGGUGGUGGACGGCCAGCACAAGGACGCCGCCGCCGCCGCCGAGGCCUGCAGGAUGGCCGCCGCCAACCCCGACGGCCCGCCGCCGCAGGUCAUCGAGAUCGUCCCCGCCGCCCUCUGACCCAUAUCGCCGUCGUCGAUCAGCAGCACCCGUAUGUACCAGCACGGCGCGGACAGCUAGCAGCGAAUGAAGUUUAAUUACCCUCUGAUCUGCAACAAGCUAAGCAAGCACAGUAUCAUCGAUCUACUACGGGUGUGCCCUGCCUGGUGCCGAUUAAUUAGUUGGUCGUUUUUAGUUGGCUAAAUUCCUUACUCGUUAGAUUAUUGUCGUCUUGCAUGUUACUACUGUGUGUGCGUGUGUGUGUGUGAUUAGUUGCCCUUGCUUGGAUCGAUGUCAGAAGCGAUCAGCGUGAGUGAGUGGAUUAAUUAAUGAAGUAGUAGUAGUUUGCAUCGAUGAUGAAUCCCAAGUCAAUAAUAAAGUCGUGGUUAGUGUAGCUGCUAUGUUUGUGUGUCUAGGUUGCAGUCUUGUGGAGUUGUGGUCGGUCCUGAUCUCAUCUGGUGUUGGUAGGAUGCAGUAUCAAUGCCUGCUUUGCUUUGGGAUCAUGAUCCAUGAGAUUGUAACAGGGCAUUUCAGCAUUUGCUUUAACUUGACAUAAUAUUCUUUUGUGUGA